ACAGCAGCCCCGGAGUUGCUACGACAACCAGUGCUCUCUUGGCUUUCAUGUGGCCAUGUGACAGUGAAGUUGACGUCAAGUAGAGGCAGAGCCUGUGGAUGAAGACACACACAGCCCAGAGGCUUGUGGAGUCUGCUGCUGUUGCUGUUGCUGCUGCAUGGUGGAGCUGCAAUCUCUCCGCUCUCCCAACUGACGCUUCUCACCGUCCGCAACGAGCAUGGACUAUUAACCCUGCGCUUCAGCAUCGUCCUACCAAGUUGAGAAAGUCGCACACAAUCAUGGGGAAACAGAACAGUAAGCUACGUCCUGAGGUCAUGCAUGAUUUACUAGAAAGCACGGACUUUACAGAGCAUGAGAUCCAGGAGUGGUACAAAGGCUUCUUGAGAGACUGUCCCAGCGGGCAUUUAACAAUGGAGGAGUUUAAGAAAAUUUAUGGGAAUUUUUUCCCUUAUGGGGACGCUUCAAAAUUUGCAGAACAUGUAUUCCGCACUUUCGAUGCUAAUGGCGAUGGGACAAUUGACUUUAGAGAAUUUAUUAUAGCACUGAGCGUAACAUCCCGGGGAAAGCUGGAGCAAAAGCUGAAGUGGGCGUUCAGUAUGUAUGACUUGGAUGGCAACGGUUAUAUCAGCAAAGCAGAGAUGCUGGAAAUAGUACAGGCAAUUUACAAGAUGGUCUCCUCAGUAAUGAAAAUGCCGGAAGACGAGUCAACGCCAGAGAAGAGAACGGAAAAGAUCUUCCGACAAAUGGACACCAAUCGAGACGGAAAACUAUCCCUGGAGGAGUUCAUCAAGGGGGCAAAAAGCGACCCAUCUAUCGUCCGCCUACUUCAGUGUGACCCAAGCAGUGCCGGACAAUUCUAAACUUUAUUUUUUUUUUUAAACAAAACCUUUUUUUUUUUUGCCAAAAUUAAAUUUGUUGUGGUGUUGACAACGUCACAGCCAAAACCUACCUACUUCCUCCUGUGGUAUCUUUACGUCUGAAUGACAAAGAAUGAUAAAUAUUGUCGAGAUUUGCGGCUGGACUUUUACUGCUCUAUGGCCCUAGGGUUUUCUUCACGCUUUUUCUAUGUGGGAUAACAACAGAGACCUCCCUGAAUUUUUACUUUUACAAAGCUGAUCAACAGAUUCGACAAGGCUGCGGUGAAGACUUGGUUUUAUUACUGUGUAGUUGCUUUAGUCAGUUUUGCUGUUGGAAGAGUGUGAGGAACCACCUUGGUUCACUGGAGAUUUCUAAGAUUCACAGUGUGGUCAUGUUUGUGAGUUGCACCAUUGCUGAGCAGAUUUCUUUUUUUUAUGAUUUUUUUAGAAGAGU